UGCCGUCUCUGUGUGUUGGGUGUAUAACCUCAAAACGUGCCUGCUUUUACGAGGAAAAGAAUAGAGCAUUUGCAACCAUGAGUCGUUUCUUCGCAACUGGCUCAGAUUCUGAAUCUGAUAGUGCAUCUGAGGAGGAGCAGGUGCCAAGGGCACCUGCGACAGCUUUUACAUUUAGUGAUGACGAGGAAGAGACAAAGCGCGUUGUACGUUCUACAAAGGAGAAGCGAUAUGAAGAAAUUGCAAAUCUUAUAAAACUUAUUAGGAAUUACAAGAAGAUUAAGGAUAUGAGUAGCAUGUUGACCAGUUUCGAGGACUUGAUGCGAGCUUAUCAGAAAGCUUUACCCGUGAUCGCCAAGGAGGAGCUCGGACAAACGCCGAGAUUUUACGUUAGGUGUUUGGUAGAAAUGGAGGAUUUUAUUAAUGAGGUGUGGGAAGAUCGCGACGGGCGUAAAAAUAUGUCCAAGAACAAUUCCAAGUCACUUUCAACAUUGCGUCAGAAGCUGCGAAAGUAUAAUAAGGACUUUGAAGAGGAUAUUGGCAAAUUUAGGGAAAAUCCUGAUCAGGACGAUGACGAAGAAGAAGAGAAAGCCGAGGAGGUUCUAGAAUCUGAAGAAGAAGAUGACAGUGCCAUAGCUUUCAAAAAGGCAGGAUCAGAAGCAAGUGAACCGGAUGUGUCCAAAUUCAAGAAGACCGCAACCGAUGGUGAAGACGGCAGUGAAAGUGAAUCUGACUGGGGUAGUGAUUCGGACAGUGAGAGCACAAGUAGCGAUGACGAAGGUCAAUAUCAAAACAUUCGUGAACGUUUCAUCAAGAAAGCUACAACUCAAGAAGAGGACGAGGAUAAAGCAAAGAGGAAGGAACAACGUAAAGAGCGCAAGGAAAAGGAGCGAAAGAAGAAGCGCGACGAAGAUGAUGGCGAAGGAGAGUGGGAAACCGUCAAGGGCGGCGUAGCUAUUCCCUCUGAAAAGCCAAAGAUGUUCGCCAAGGAUGCAGAGAUUAAUAUCGGCGCGGUGUUGAAGAAGCUUUCCGAGAUAAUUGCAGCUCGCGGUAAAAAGCGUACGGACAGACGCGAGCAAAUAGAACUCUUGCACGAACUGCAACUGAUAGCAGAUGCACAUAAUCUUGGCCCAGCUGUAACAGUAAAGAUCAAGUUUUCCAUCGUGUCUUCCAUAUUUGAUUACAAUCCAAAGGUUUCUGAUGCUAUGAAGCCGGAAUAUUGGUCCAAAAUACUUGAGCGCAUUACCGAAAUGUUGGAUAUGCUGCUGAGCAAUUUAGAUAUGGUAAUAGCAGAAACAAUAGCUGAAGAAAUGGAGGAGUUUGAAACGACGCCGUACAAAAUACAUGGUUGCGUAUUAACACUGGUAGAACGUCUUGAUGAGGAAUUUACAAAGUUGUUGAAGGAAUGCGAUCCACACAGCAAUGAAUAUGUGGAAAGAUUGAAAGAUGAGAAGCAAGUUGCUGCCAUAAUUGACAAGGUGCAGGAAUAUUUAGAGAGGCAAGGAACCGUGUCCGAGCUUUGUCGCGUGUACCUUCGUAAAAUCGAGCACUUGUAUUACAAAUUUGAUUCAAAUGUUUUGAAACAAAAGGAGGGUGAACUUGGAUCAGAUGUAAUCACAUCCGUGCAAGUUAUGGAGAAGUUAUGCAAAUAUGUUUAUGCUCAUGAUAACACUGAUCGACUAAGAACUCGUGCAAUUCUUUCGCACAUUUAUCACCAUGCCCUCCAUGAUAACUGGUUCCAAGCUCGUGACUUGAUCCUGAUGUCGCAUCUCCAAGAAACCAUUCAGCAUUCUGAUCCAGCCACACAGAUUUUAUACAAUCGCACGAUAGCCCAUUUAGGAUUAUGUGCAUUCCGUCAUGCAAAUAUCAAAGAUGCCCACAACUGCCUGGUCGAUUUGAUGGUGACAGGUAAAGUGAAAGAACUUCUGGCGCAAGGUCUGCUGCCGCAACGACAGCACGAACGUAGCAAAGAACAGGAGAAAAUUGAAAAGCAGAGGCAAAUGCCUUUCCAUAUGCACAUCAAUCUGGAACUUCUGGAAUGCGUAUACCUUGUUUCAGCAAUGCUCAUCGAAAUUCCUUAUAUGGCCGCGCACGAGUUUGACGCGAGACGAAGAAUGAUCUCGAAGACUUUCUAUCAACAACUGCGAUCCAGUGAACGUCAGUCGUUAGUCGGACCUCCGGAAUCCAUGAGAGAGCAUGUCGUUGCUGCCGCCAAAGCAAUGCGUAACGGAAAUUGGUCCGCUUGCAACAAUUAUAUUAUAAAUGAAAAGAUGAACGCAAAGGUAUGGGAUCUUUUUCAUCAAGCGGACAAAGUGCGAGCUAUGUUAACACGAUUAAUUAAGGAAGAGGCAUUGAGGACUUAUCUAUUUACGUACUCACAUGUGUAUGAUUCGAUCUCAAUGCCAAAACUCGCUGACAUGUUCCAGUUGAAACGGCCCAUAGUCCAUUCAAUUAUCAGUAAAAUGAUCAUUAACGAAGAACUCAUGGCGUCAUUGGAUGACCCAACUGGAACAGUAGUUAUGCACCGAAGCGAACCAAGUCGCCUUCAAUCGUUGGCUCUGCAAUUGACAGAUAAAGUCAACAACUUUGUAGAUUCGAACGAACGUAUCUUCGAAAUGAAGCAAGGUAACUUCUUUUCGAGAGGGAAUCAAGGCAAUUUCCGCGAUCGUCAGAGUUACAAUCGCCAAGGGCAGGAUUGGGGCCGGCAGAGACGUGAUCGCGAUCGCGAUCGUGAUCGUAAUAGGGAAGAGAAUCGAAAUUAUUAAGUAUAUGAUAA